UCUAAAUUAAAUUAUUAGUAAAAGUUAUGAAAAGUAUGAAUUACGACGAAAAUGGUGAAAAUACUUGGCAAAACUUGCUACGUAUGGUUGCUCCGUUCCUCGAAGACAGCACAUCUUUGCAAGUAUUACAAAUGAAUCAGUCUAGCCAAAAAUCAAAGAAAAAUAGCUUUUCACAACCCGACAAUAUAACGAUAACACCAAAAAUUAAUUUGGACAAGGCUAUAGAACAACCAAAUGAUCACGGUGAAGAAACACGAAAACACCCACAACCAGACAUAAAAAUAACUAUGUCUAAUGAGUUAUUCGGUGUCACAACUUUAAAAGAUUCAGGAAUUUUAAAAAUGCUCCCUACAGUACUAUCCAAAAUUCAACUUCCAACCUUGAAUCCAUCCUUGAUAAGGAAAAAACGCCCUCAAUCUGGCAAAAAUACCUCGACAGUGAAAUUAAACGAGGAAAUGAACUCGAUUUCUUCCCAAGACUCGUCGAACGAUACAAACAGUUAUAGUCCUAAUAUUGUGGCUUCUACUUCGGGAUCAGAAGAAUUAAAAGAAAAUGUUGAACAGGAAGCAACACAAUUUAAUUCUAUUUUGGAAGCAGAACAAUCAAAUAAGCUGAUAUUAGAGAUGACUCAAACUAGAAGUUUGGCUUCCAUGUCAUUACGAUCCAAAAAUGCUCGAGAGCAGUUCAACCAAACUCAAAAACAAAUGACAAAUUUUGAAACAGUUCAAUUAGUUAGUAAGCCUAAGAAAAAUACUAACCUCGACGAAAAAAAUAAUACAGCUACAUGGAAAUCGACAGAAAUUAUUAAUAAACCGUUAGAAAAUGAUCAGAAUCAAGAAGUAAAUGAGGAAUCAAGCAUACCAUUAGGAGCUGUGGAUUAUUUAGAUGAAACACAGAAACCAUGUGUGGAAUUACUACAUCUAACUAGUCUUUCAAACAUAGAAAACACCGAAGACACCAAAAAUCAGUCUUCAACUCUUGAAUCAUUACAAUCUAUAGAAAACUACGAAAAUUGUGACAGAUUAAAGCCAAUUUCUCCAACAUUAGAAUCGCUACAGUCGUACUUAAACUUACCAUUGGAAAGUAGUGAAAACAGUGACAUAAAAAACGGAUCGUCGCCAACACUGGAAGGACUGCAAUCGAAAAUGACUGUGACGUGGGAGAAAAUGAAACCGUUUACUAUCCCCAAAUUUGAGAAGAUCGAUGAAUUGAUUAAAAUAAAGAACUUGUUUUUGCCAGCUAAAACUGCAAUCGUCAAAGAAAUGAACAACAUGAUGAACCAGAACGUUCCCGGCGUUCAACAUUUGUUGAAUCUGGCUUCAGUUUUCGCCACGGAGUACGCAGGAUCUUGUCCGUCCAUGGUUACUUCCAUCGUGAAAGUACGAUUAAAUUCAGAUGUUGAUAUUUCUAUUAUAAACAAAGAAUCAAAUCUACAUCGAAGACAAAAUUUGGAACAAAUCAACAAUUGUUUUGAUGAAGAGCAAUUUAAACACACCACACCUUCGGAAACAUAUCAACCUAUACCUAGUUCAACUUCAAAUAUAAUAAAUCUUAAUGAAGCAAUUUCUGAUACAGAUGUCAGCGAGAGAUUGAUUCAAAAAUACGCUAACAGACCGAAACGUAGAAAUACCAUAUGUGCGUCUAAGAAAAAAGAUGAACCGCCUCCUAAACAGAAACAAGAUGUUUAUAAAAGUUGGACCUUCACGAAUUUGGAACAAGUGAAACAUCGCGAUGAAAAAGUUACGAAAUCGAAACCAAAAUCGCCUAAGCGCAAAGCAUUGAAGGAAAACGUAGAGAAACCGAAACCGAAACGUAAAAGCAUGCCAAAACGAGAAGUAAUAACACCAAAAAAAGUCAAAAUCACUCUAGAUCUACAACCCAAGAGGGCCAGCAUUGCCAAAGAAAAAAUUUCGCAGAAACCUGAUGAAAAAGGACCAGUUAGGAGACGAAAGAGCGCUGACUGUCCGAAAGUUAUAUUGAAGAAAAUCAGAACAAACUGCGACAAGUUUAAAAAGUACGAGGGUAUUUUAGACAAAUUAAUUAAGAAACAAUCGUCGGACAUGUUCUAUAGAAUCGAGAGUCGAGAUUCGUUGCAAGACAUCUACCAGGAAAUCAAAGACGAGCAGAAGAAACUACUAGAGUGGCACAUGGAGGAGCGGUUACGAAUUGUGAUGAAUCAGGAACGGAACAAGAACUUUUUAAAAAUCAAUAAACUCCAAAAUCACUCACGUCUAAACAUAUAAAAACAAUCAAGGUUAACGUAUGUCCAUUAUCAAUAUCUAUCAAAUGCCAAAACUGACAAAAUGUUGAUCAUGUAUUUUUGGAAUGUUCAUUAAUCAAAAUCAUGCGAAAUUUUUGUUAAAAUGCCACCGUCGGGAUAAGCAAACCACGACAAAGCGACGCAAGAAGGAUGCAAUCUGCAGCAAAUUCAAUAUGCAACUGCUUGUGGGUUCUUAGAUCAAUAAUAUCGAUCUGUGCCUCAAAUUUAUUCUUGGUCAUUGUAUUUUAUGCGCUCGGGUUUUACAGCUUGGUAGGUCCCUUGUUGUUUUUGUCGUCACUUUUAUUCUUGCUCAUUAUCCAGGACCUUGUUCAGAAGUUUAAUUUUAUGGAAACGGAAAACCAAUUUAAGACCCUCAGAAAACUCAAUUUGUGUGGCCACAAAACAACUCAAAUCGUUAAGAGAUCACUAAGAAAAUCAUUAUCUAGGGAGGACCGAAUCAGAUCUAUAUUUUUGGGCAACUCCAAGAGAGAAAACACUCCGAACAUAAAACGAACAUUGGUGUCGUAUUUGGAGGAGCGGAAUGUUGAUGAAGACUCAACCACCGGUACGAAUUUAAUUUUCGGUUACAAAGGCCUCAAAACCGACAAAGUAGUUUGGAAAGUGCUGUUCAGCGAAAAGCACGCCUCAAACAAAUUGAAACUGGAAUCAUUGAGCGAAGAGAAUAUGCACAUUUUGAAGACGAUCAAGGAGAAAAUGCAAGAGAACAAAAAACUGGAAGGACAAAAACUCAACUCAAGUUUGAAAACUAGAUCUGGCGGGUGCAAGAAACGGGUGCGUUUCGCCGAAGUCGACGAACAUUGCGGCCACGAGCUGAAACCUGCAGUCAAGUUCAGCAAGAGGAGGGUCGGAAAACUGACGAUGCUUGAUCAUAUACCGAAGGGCAAGAAGUUGGACGAUUUGUUCUCGACGGAAUUCAUGGAGGAAACGAAAGCGGAACGCGGCAACACCAGGACCAUGGUGUCGAGGAUUUUCAGUAAGAAUGUUAAAAUACAGGUGAACACGGGUAAAUUGUGGCACACUUGAAACUUAAAUAAAAUAUCGAAAUGUA